UUUCCACCUGAGCACCCGAGGAGAGACGCCAGUGCAUUCAAGAGUCGAUAGUGAUUUCGCGAAGGUAGAACUCUGACCAUGAUCGCCGCGAACUCAACGGUGAUGGACAGGAAGUUGAGCUGAGAUUACUAUGGCUUGACACGUGCAAAUCAGUUGGCGAAAGUGACGAAUAAACGGCGAGCACGACUUGGAAAAUGGUUGCUCUCAAGAACGUACUUCUCGUUGCAGCGAUGCUGACCUUCACCGCUGUAGUCUCACAAAAGGCGGACCCAGAAGAAUACGUAAAUGCAGAAGCCUCCUGUCCUCCAGCAAACCUCACGGCCGAACCCGUUCCCGGCGAUCCCGAUUCCCUUGACGUGACUUGGGAAGAGCCUGACCCCCCUGAGUGUGACGUCAUCGCGUACACCGUCAGCUGGCAACCCGUUUCCGGCCAGGGCAAGCAACAGCAGAAUGACACGAGCGCCACUAAUUUCAUGAUCACCGGACUCGAAGAUUUCCGAAAAUAUAAUGUCUGCGUGGAAACACACACGAACACUUCGAAGACAGUGCCUGGCGAUUGUGAGUGUGUGGUUGGGAUAACCGCCAAACCGGAGUGCCCCGGGCAGAUGGACGCCACUAACGUCACAGUGUCGGAAGUGCCAAAUGAACCCCGAGAGUUGGACGUCACGUGGGUGGGCCCUGAGACCGCCGCAUACUGCCCCGUCAAACGUUUUCAACUGGCCUACAGGAGUGGAAGUACUAGCACAGUGCCUGUACCGCUUGGUCCUAAUGUUAUGAACUUUACUAUUGACGAAUUGGAGCCAUGCACCUCAUACCAAGUGUAUGUGAUUGCUGUGAUUAACGAGACGGGCUUACAUGAUGGAGCGUGGAAUGAUGGGGUCACUGGAGUUGAAAUUCCCGGUCCUCCAGCGAGCGUAAGCGCUGACACUGUAAAUGACAAGUCUGACUGCCUUAACGUGACUUGGAAAGAGCCAGACCCCAUGGAGUGUGACGUCGUCAUGUACACCCUCAGUUGGUCACCCGUUUCCGGCCAGGGCUCGCUGCUGCAGGAGAACACAAGCCUCACUGAGUUCACGAUCGCCGGACUCGACCCUUUCCGAAGCUACAACGUCUGCGUGGCGGCGCUGACGGAGGCGGGCGCGGGCGAGUUCACGUGUGAGGUUGGAAGAACCGACGAGGCAGUCCCUGAGGCGCCCACCAACCUCACGGCGGACGCCACGACGCCGGAAUCCAUCCUGGUCAGCUGGGCGCCCCCGGAAGUGCCAAACGGCGUGAUCACAGGCUACAACAUCUCCUGGGCGUGCAUAAACAACGACAAGAGCGCCAUGGGGAACGCAUCAUAUACGGUCUACAACAUCACAGGCCUCUCGCCAUGCUCCUCGUGCGACGUGGCCGUGCGCGCCGCCACCGCCAAGGGCUUCGGCAACGCCAGCCCGGAGCUCACGGCGGCGUCCGGCGAGGCGCCGCCGCCACAGCCUCCAGGGAUGUCUUGUUCGAGUGAACCGCCCAGUGCAGACACCAUUUAUGUCACCUGGUCUGCCCCGUCCACAUUCUGCAAUGUGCCCAAGUAUAACGUUACGUACAUCGGAGACGUUCUGUGGUCGGACCAGAAAGAAGUCAAUUCACUUGAGUUUUCCAACAAGGUCGCCAUCUUGGACAGUUUGACCUCCUGGACUCGUUACAACGUGUGCGUCGCGGGCAUCGUCUUGGACGACCUUGUGGGCGAACAGUCCUGCUGCGUCGCCGUCACCAAAGAGGCAGCGUCCGGCCCCCCCGCCUCGCUCAACGUGUCGGGCACGAGCAGCAGCAGCAUCAGCGUCUUCUGGAAGGAACCGCUCACGCCGAACGGGAGGAUCGACGGCUACGAGCUGAAGGUCGGCGACGUCGUAGAGGAAGUGCAGAAUGUGACGGAGCACACCAUCACCGGCCUCGCCAAACACUCGAACUAUAAUAUAAGCGUAAAGGCCCACAACGGGGCGGGUUACGGCGCGGCGGCGACAACGACGGCGACGACGCAGAAGGCGGUCAACGUGCCUGGCAUCGUGGCAGGCGUGGUGUGCGGGCUACUGCUGGUGGGCGCAGGCGUGGCUGCCUUCCUCUACAGGGACGCCCUGAGGAACCUGGUGGCCAAAAGGACCAGGAAAAGGGAGGAAGUGCAAGAACACCCCCUGUCCUCGACAACCACAGCAGUUAAGAAGAAUUCCCUGUGGAGUUACAUUGAUGCCCUGCAGGAGGACACGCAGCGGGGCCUGGAGGAGGAAUUCGCUAGCCUGAAACAGCAGAGUCCGCGGCACCAGACCUACGAGGCCGAGAUGGAUGUCAACAAACCGAAGAAUCGCUUCAGCAACGUCCUGGCGUUCGACCAUUCUCGGGUGAGGAUUUCAAGGAAGGAAGGCGCGGGGCAGACGGACUACAUCAACGCCAAUUACAUCAAGGACCACGCCGGGCAGCCGAGCUUCGUGGCGGCGCAGGGCCCGAAGGACGAAACCCUAGACGACUUCUGGCGGAUGGUGUGGGAGCAGAGGGCGAGCACCAUCGUCAUGCUCACCAACCUGAUGGAGAAGGGCAAGGUGAUGUGCACCAAGUACUGGCCGGCCGCGGGGGCCUGGCCUCUCGAGAGCGACAUCUACCAAAUCCGAAACCUGAAUGAAGUCAAGGAUUCCUUGUAUGUUUCUAGAACCCUCGAAGUCACUGAAGGACAGCAGAAGCGCAUCGUGAAGCACUACCACUUCCUUGCCUGGCCGGACUUCGGGACUCCGGAGCGCGAGGAGGACCUGCUCGGGUUCAUCGCUGCCGUGAGGCGCUUCCCCGCCUCGGCCGCCCACCCCGUCGUCGUCCACUGCAGGGCUGGCGUGGGGAGGACAGGGACUUUCAUUGGACUCUGGAACCUGAUGGACGCCGCCAACGCCUGCUCCGACUCCUCGAACAUCGACGUCUAUCGGACGGUGCUUAACAUGAGGAAGAAUCGGCCUAUAAUGGUCCAGACCACUGAUCAAUACCUUUAUCUCUACAAAUGCAUUGCUACCUACAUCGAUUCCCCAGAGAAGUGGUCCCACCAGGGUUCAGAGCACGCUUACGAGAACGCAGGAUUCGUAGAGAGGAUGUAAUACCAAUGCUUAUUGAAUGCGGUAGCCAAAGGCAUCUUCGCUGAUAUAAGUUAAAUGUGUAUAAAUUUAUACACAUAUAUGUACA